UCCGCCACCCACAGCCUGGUCACACUACAGGUGAUGCUUGUGGAAAUCUGCUCGAUGUAGAGUUUUUAUUUUGGAAAAUUCCCGAAACCUGAGGCUGGAACGAAGUCGUACCUAGCACAAAGCCGAUCCGAAGCACAAACCCUCAAAUAGCAACCAAUUCCGAGACAUGGCCGACGACUGGGAAUCCGCUGCGGACAGCGAAGUGGUCAUCCGCCCGAAUGCCGUUAACAGUGUUAACAAGUGGGAGGGAGAGGACGACGACGAGGAUGUUAAGGAGAGCUGGGAGGAUGAGGAGGAGAAGAAGGACGAGGAGAAGCCCACGAAAACAGAACCUCCAGCCAAGCCCAAGCCGAGUAAGGCGCUGAAAGCCAAGUUAGAGGAGCAGGCGCGACUCGCGGAGGAGGAGGAGGAGAAACGAUUGGCCAGCAUGACCGCCGAGGAGAAAAUGGCCGAGAAGCUGAGGCUGCAAAAGAUCCAGGAGGAGUCGGACUUCAAGCACGCCCUGGACGCCUUCGGCGUGACGAGUACGAGUACUGGCGGCCUGGACGCCUUCAAUCCGGAAAGCAAAGAGGAGUUCAAGGAGUUCGGUGCCACGCUCAGCUGGAAGGUCGGCCAGUACCGCGAGUCGCCCCAUUUCCCGCAAUUCAUCGAGGAUCUGGUGCGGGGGUUAUGCGUGAAUCUGAGCGCCGCUGACAUCAAGAAGGUCAAGAUGAGCGUGGAGGUUUUGCACUCUGAGAAGCUCAAGCUGGAGAAGGCGAACAAGAAGCCCGCCGCCAAGGGCAAGGGAAAGGCCACGCUUCGCACCGAGAACGACGACAUUGACGGCUACCAAAAAUACGGCAAUGACUUCACCGACGACUACGACGACUUCAUGUGAAUAGGAUCUAUAUAGUAGCCCGCAUAUAUCUAAUUAUUGAAUACAUAUAGUUGCUUGUUGAAGAGUUCUUCUUGUUAGAAAUGCUGCGCAGGAAUUUGAGUCCUUUGUUGAAUUUAAAAAUAGCAGAACCUAUAUAAAUAUGUAUAUAUAUAUUUAUAUGACCGUACACGAAAUAUACACACACACACAGAGUCAAGUCAGGCAAUCAAGAAACCUCAAUUUCGAACGAUUUCGAAACACGCAACACCAAAACUGAAGGAUAUUUAGGUAACUGUAAAAAAGGAAACUAUCAAAUUAUGGCAACCCAUACAUAUGUCGUACUCGGAAUGGCUUCUUGUGUAAUAAUUCACUUUUGUAUAAAGAAUUAAAAGUACAGAGCGAUAUUAAACGAUAAA